GUAAUUUAACGCGUUUUAUAUUUUGGUCGGGGUUUGUUUGGAUUUACGGUAGAGGAAAAUGCCGCCCGAGACGACCGCCACCGGCAUCGAGCUGACCGAUCACACCUGCCGGCUGUGCCUGGCCAACGACCAGGAGAUUAGCCCGAUGGUGGACGCGCUCAGCCAGGACGAGCUGAAGAAUGUCAUCGAGGGCUUGCUCAAAAUCGAGAUGCUCAACAGCGGUCCGUUCCAGAGCGCCUGUUCCAACUGCGUGGUCAAGGUUCGGCUGAUCGAGAACAUCCGGAACGAGUUCGACAGCAGCAACAAGAUAUUCGAUGUUAUGUGGACUCAGUACAAGCGCAUUCACUUUCCGGAACCGGUAUCGCCUCCGAAGAAGGGACGGCCAAAGGCGGAGAAGUCGAGUCCGAAGGCGCAGAAGAUAACGGCGGCGUACAUCAUCGACGGAAUGGUGAUUGAGAACACGGAGAUUGAGUACGUCCAGGACGAGGCGGCGGAGUUCUUUAUCAAGCGCGAAGGUCAGGACAGCAUUAUUAAGCAGGAGGACGUGGACGAUUCGGCUAGCGAGGGCAUUCCGGGCGGCGAUGAUCACGAUAUGGAUGAAACGGUCGAGGAGGAGUACGUGUACGAGGACGUUCCGAUGGGCGACGAGGCGAGGAUGCAGGUGGAGUAUUUGACGGAGGAUCCCAAGGAGGGUGGCAAGAAGGACGAUGGCGUUGGUGGUGGGGGCGCUGGCGAGCAUGAGGAAGAGAAGGAUUCCGCUAUAAAGGACACGUUCAUCGAGGAGGACACCGGCUACUAUGACAAGACCAUUCCCUGUUGCUACAUCUGUCUGGACCGGUUUGACUGCCAGUCUGAUGUGGUCACCCACCUGAUCGAUGUCCACACCGAUAUGCUGCCUUUCCAUUGCGACAAAUGUUUGGCUUAUUUUGAUACGCUGGAGGAAGUCAACAAGCAUUACAUUUCGCACGUGUACGAGUUCGUUUGCCUUUACUGUCCGCGGAGGUACUGCUCGGAGCAGUACCUGGCCAACCACAACCUGGUCUGCAAGUCGUUCAAGUGCCAGCUGUGCGACGAAACGUUCGAGCUGCAAAGCCACCUAAAGGCGCACCAACGUGCGCUCCACGCGUCCGAUGGCCGCACCAACCCGCGCAAACGGAACUCCUGCAACACGUGCGGCAAAGCUUUUGUGCAUGCUAUCAACUUGAUGCGCCAUUUGAAGAACAAACGCUGCGUCCGGAACAGCAGCCACGAUCUGUUUGACGGCACGGAAAUCAAACCCGAUCCGGACGCACCGAUCGUCGACCUGGAGCUGGACCUGGACGACGACAAGCAGCUCAAAAUCCGACCCCCGCUCACCUGCCAAGUUUGCAGCAAGAAACUGGACAGCAACAGCAGCCUGGCGCGCCACAUCGAGAAAGAGCAUCAAGAUUUCAACAUCCCGCUGUUUUCGUGCAACAUUUGCCCCAAAAAAUUCACCACCUUCGAAAAGUGCAUCCGCCACCGAGCCUUCCACAAGAAGUCCAAAAAGCCAAUGAUCCCCCUCAUGAAGAAGGACCCAACCGACGACAACACGUGCAAAAUCUGCAACAAAAAGUUCCGCCUCGACCACAUGCUGCUGAAGCAUCUCGCCGAAAUCCACCAGCUCACGCUGGAACUGUUCCACUGCGAUCAGUGCGGCAAAAAGUUCUCGACCGAGCCGAAGCUGCGCAAGCACCAGUACAACACCCAUCGCGAGAACAAGAACCUGUACGUGUGCUCGCACUGCGGCCAAAAGUUCGAGAAGAAGCUCACCCUCAAGGACCACGAGACGAAGCACCUGAACGCGCCCGCCUAUCAGUGCGACAUCUGCCUCAAAACGUUCAUCCACAAGCACAGCCUCGAUCGCCACGCGCUCGUGCACUCCGACGAGAAGAACUACGAGUGCGAGUUCUGCCACAAGAUGUUCAAGCGGAACACCACGCUGGUCAUCCACAGACGAAUUCACACCGGCGAGAAGCCGUACGAAUGCAUUCCGUGCGGCACGCGCUUCAUCGACUCGAGCACGCUGAUCAAGCACCGGCAGCGGAUGCACCCGAAGGCGGAUUAAGAAAAAGAAAGUAAUACAAAGAGAACGCUACUAGCAGUUUUUUUUUAAGUUGUCGUGCGGACGAGGUUUUUGAGAGAAAGUAAAUAAUUCAGAAAGUGUGGACACACAUUUUACACACAAACAUUAUGGUAUAAUUGGUAAUACGUUUUAGCUUAC